UGGCCAGGGCCCAGCACAUAACUCUGGGCGGGUGCAGUCUGGGGCGCAGUCUGGGGCAGCAGACACCCAGCCGCUCUGAGCUGAACUGGCAGCAUGAAGGCCCUCCUGGCCCUGCCACCGCUGCUGCUGCUUCUCUCCACGCCCCCCUGCGCCCCCCAGGUCUCCGGGAUCCGGGGAGAUGCUCUGGAGAGGGCUUGCCUUCAGCAGCCCCUGGACUGCGAUGACAUCUACGCCCAGGGCUACCAGGUGGACGGCGUGUACCUCAUCUACCCCUCGGGCCCCAGUGUGCCCGUGCCUGUCUUCUGUGACAUGACCACCGAGGGCGGGAAGUGGACGGUUUUCCAGAAGAGAUUCAACGGCUCAGUGAGUUUCUUCCGGGGCUGGAACGACUACAAGCUGGGCUUCGGCCGCGCCGACGGGGAGUACUGGCUGGGGCUGCAGAAUCUGCACCUCCUGACGCUGAAGCAGAAGUACGAGCUGCGCGUGGACCUGGAGGACUUCGAGAACAACACGGCGGCCGCCAAGUACGCCGAAUUCUCCAUCUCGCCCAACGCGGUCAGCGCGGAGGAGGACGGCUACACCCUCUACGUGGCGGGCUUCGAGGACGGCGGGGCAGGUAUCCCGGCUGCCGGCCUGACGCGGGGCCGUCGGGCGAGAAGGCAGGGCUGGCACUGCCCGCUGCGCGCCCCCCCGCCCCUGCCCCCCGAAUGUGAGUACCGGGCUCCUCCCUGCUCCCCUGACAACCCUGCCCUCAACUCCAAAGAGACACCUAGAGUUAGGCACUAA